AGGAGGACAGCUACACCCAUGUACAGCUGUAGCACCCGUAACAGCACAUGAAACACCAGUGACAGCCAGGACAGCAACCCUAACACAGCACAGACUAAUGAACUAGCUGGUACUCGUGUAGGAAUCAUUCAGUACAGCCAUGAAGGUAAACAAGAGCUUCUUUCUACAGAUGAUCCCAACAUUAAAACUCUGUCCCAGUUUAAGAGUGCUGUGAAGAACAUGCACUGGAUGGCAGGGGGAACUUACACCGGUGAGGCACUAGAAUUUGCCAAACAAGCUUUUGAGGAAUCAAUACUUACGCACAAAGUAGCAGUGGUACUGACCGAUGGUAGAUUUGACACUCGUGAUCGCAAAUCCUUGGCUUCGCUUUGUACAAUACCAAAUAUGAACGUGAUUGGCAUUGGUGUUGGCGAUCUACUUAACAGAGCCCCUCACAUCAAAGCAUUGCAGGAAAUCACCUGCCAGGGGACCAGAGCCUGGGGAAUUCCGCUGCUGGUUACAGAAUACCAAGAUCUGCUAGAGGAGGACAUGUUAUCCAAUAUCACUAGAUACAUUUGUAAAGAUGCAGUAUGUCCAGAUUUCACAUGUCAUGUUGAGUUUGAAAAGCCCACAGACCUCGUGUUCCUGAUGGAUGGGUCUAGCAGUGUUGGUCUUGACAACUUUGAAAAAGUGAAAGAGUUUGUUAAAGUGGCAACUUCAAAGAUCCUGUCUAAAGAAUUGAACUUCAACAAUAUGCUGAGGCUGGCUGUAAUUCAAUACAGCAAUGCUGGCACACCAAGGCUUGAGGUGCCCUUGACCGACAGUAUAGAGGAUGCUUUGUACCGCCUGUCAGAAAUCACAUACAUAGAUGAGUCCACAGACUUACCAAAUGCAUUAAGGAAUCUUAUAAAUUUUUUGAGACGCAGUGGGAGAUCCAAUGUUAAGACAAAGGUCAUCAUUUUCUCUGAUGGUAGGUCUUCAGGGAUAUCUCAAAAUCAAAUCGCAGCACAGGCAGCAGCAACUUUAAAUCUCAAAACUGAGCUGUUUGCAGUUACUGUUGGCAAAUUCCAUGAACUUGGCAUUUGUCAGUUAGUGAGCGGGAAGGAAAAGAACUUUAAUUUUAAACAUAUAGAAGAUAAAGUUUUCCGUGUCUCUGAAUACAGCGAUCUAUUAAAGAGGGUCACCUUGCAAAGCUUCCUAAUGAAAAUCACAAGCUGAUUGAUUGCAUUGUUUUCCAACUAUGUGAUAAACUUACAAGAACACAGUUUGUAAAUCCACAAUUUAUUAUUUGUCAAUGUCAUUAUAUUGUUGUAGAUAUAGUUACCAUUCCUUAAACCUUAAAUCUAUAUAACUUUGCAGGGCUCACACUUGAAGACCUUUAGUUUAAAAAUAAAAAGUGACUUCAACUAUAAA